AUGUUUAAAAAUAACUAUAAAUUUAGAGUGUGCUUGGGGUUGAUUUAUAUAAAAAUGAAAUUAAAAUUCAGAAAUGUAAGGACAUAAAAAAUAAAAAGAGUUUAAAAAUUUUCAAAACAACUUAAAUCUAAAGUCAGCUCUUACUUUUUUCGCAAGGCGAACGUUUAAAGUUAUUUGUAAACCAGUCAAAGGAGGACUUCCUUUACUAUUUAUAACUAAGAUUUAUUUUUAUUUGAAAAAGAUUAGUGUAAAUUAUCUGUACCAACAGAUGAGACGUUAGCUCUCACUUCAGGCUUCUUUCGGGCCUACUAUUGCAGCUUUAGGGUCCUUAUACGUCAUACAAGCGACGGCCAGUGGUAGUUAGCAUGUUGCUAAUAUGCAUGCUGCUGAGAUUUGACAGGUAUUAGUGGAGUAGUUAGACAGUAGAGGUGCUCGCUUCGAGGCUACAUUCAUCAUUUAUAUAGACUUGUGUGAGUGAAACAGGAAAGUUGAGGUUGUAGAGCUUGUAAUUAAAUAAAUAAACAUGUGGAGCUCCUGUCGCCGCGUCCUUCAGGAUCUGCUCAGCCUGUCUACUGUCAGGAGUUUCUCCCUGACUCCUGCUCAGAACACAGUCGUGGUGGAGCGCUGGUGGCAGGUGCCUCUAUCUAAAGUUGGCAGACCACCGAGACUUCAUCCUCGAAGACACAGAAUUUACAAGCUGGUCGAAGACACCAAACACCUUACACAGGAGAAGAUGGAGCUCAUCCUGACACAGAGCGUGCCCAAGUUUGGUGGGAGAGGAGACACUGUGUUUGUGAAGAAGUCUGUCGGCAGAAACAAGCUGCUGCCCCAAGGACUGGCAGUGUAUCCUUCACCUGAGAACAAGCAGAUGUUUACCGAGGAGUUACGACUUCUGCGUGAAGGAAGAUCAGAGGAUAGAGUUCAAACCCGUACCGGACAGUUGACAGCAGAGUACCUUAAACGCUCCCAUUUGAAGAUAAUCCAAAUGCCUUCAGAUGAAUUCCAGGUCAAUAAAGAGGUUGUGUGCAGACAAUUUCAAAAGAAGCUGGGAGUUGUUGUUCCACCUCAUACAAUGAGUCUUCCAUUUGAUUCAGUUAAAGAAGUGGGGGAUUACUGGUGUGAAAUAACGAUAAAUGGAUUGGACAAAGUCCGCGUCCCUAUUUCUGUGGUCCCAUAUGAAGACCAGUCUGCAAGUUACAAAAAGCAGCUGAAAGUACAGAAGAAGCAGCAGCAGCAGCAGCAGAAAGAGGCUGAAAAGGUUUUGGAGCCUGCUGGUGUGGAGGAUGCAGUAGAGGUUGUUUCUGAUGCUGCAGUGGAAGCUGAAGUUGUUAAAGACUCUCUAAGUGAAGUUAGGGAAGAUUCAACUUCAACAGAAGCCUCUGCUGCUGAAGAAACCACUGGAAGUACACCAACAAGCCACAACAACACAACAACACCAAGUGACAGCCAGAAAAAAGAUUAAAGGACUCCAUAUGAAGAUGUGCGUAAAUUUGAUUUUGUAAUACCAGUCAUUCAUCAGGCCAGAGUAAACAGCUUUGCUGAUCAAAGUUUUGUUGAAGGCUACCAAGGACAUUGCUGUGUAUCACACAGCUGCUCAGCUGAGCCCAUCCAUUUGACUGUCAUUUUUCUCUAGAUCAUUGUGAAACCGUACCAUGACUACCCAGUUUGAUUAAAAGCUAUGAAAACAAUGAAAGGAAAAAUUUUAUGCUUUAAUUUUAACAGCACAACAGGCAUGACAACAGUAAAGGGUUAACUUAAA